AUCCCUUCGUCUGAGAUCGUGGCGUCUCUUCGAUCUUUUUCUUCCUCUUCGCGCGUCUAUAUUCCGGUAUCGGAAGUUUAAUCGACGUGAAAAUCGCAACUAAGGAGAGUGGUGUCUCUUCUUCCUGUCCUUCUUCAGGCUCCUUAAAAUCUCGCUUCUCCUCCCUUUUUUUCCUUCUCUAUAAUUGUUCGUGGAUUUUCUUUUCCGGAUAGCGCGGUUAUUGGAGAGGGUUUGUGGCCAUAUGGAUAUGAGGAGCAGUUCAUAUUUGUGAGAUAACUCUGCAUAAAUUGGCCAGUUGCUUUUUAUGAUCUAUACAGAUGCAGGAAGUAUAAAUUCUGUGUUUUGUUUUGCUUACUCACUCAGCAAAUGGUGGAUGAAAGUGGGCUUGAGUUAGACUUGGGCCUUUCAUGUGGUAGAUCAUCGAACAAAUCUAAAGUCAAAGAUGUAACUUCAGAUACUAAACGUGAUGAAGGAAAUGCCAGUAGACAUACGGGAAGCAAUAUGACUGUUUCUGAUGACUCAUUUAAGAACUUUUUCAAAUCAGGCUUGGAGAACCAUGAUCCUAAGGGGAAACAAAAGAGUGAUCCUAUUCAGUAUAGACAAGAGAACUUCUUUACAGACCUUUCUAAGUGCUCCUCUCCUAUAGCAGAUUGUUAUAAUGAUGGACGGAGCAAGCCUCAAUUCACAAGGUAUCAAGAACUGUGGAUAUCAAGUAAUAAAACUCUUGAGACUGAAGAAGAGAAAUCAAGUUCCAGCAAAAGGAAAUUGUCCUUUGAGGAGAUCAAUUUUCAAAACAAGCAUGAAAAAUUGAUUGAUUAUGCUGAAAAUCAUGGAAAGAAUCGUACCGAAGAUCCUUCCAUGAGAAACUCACAUGUUUCAAGUACCAUGGAAGAUGGUACCACGGGUGAAAAUGGAGGCGCAGCUGAGUCUGAAGCGGAAGGCCCGAAAUCUUGGCCUUCUUUGCCUAGAGAAGAAAAAGCAAAGUGCUCAGAAGCUUUUAACUUAAAUGCUAAAUACGUUUUAAGCAGUUCAAGUGCUUCACAAUGUCAGAAAGAGGCCUAUAAAUCAGGAAAUGAACCCAAACCUGAGUUAGGAAAAGUUGCUUUUGGGGUUCCAUUGAUGCUCCAGCCAUUACCUGCCAUGAGUGGACCUUAUCCAGUUCCUGCAAUGAUACCCUCUACUAGUAGCGGGCCAAAUGCUGCGUCUCUUCCUUCAAAAUGUGUCAUGCAACUAAUGCCAACUGCAAAUGGUGAACAUCCUGUGGUCUCAGUCAAUACCAACAACAUGCAGCUUGCCUUUAGUUACCCUUCUGUCCCGCAUCCGGCAAUGGAAAAAGGUUCUCCCUGGGCAUUUAAUUCUCAAUCUCUGCAUGCAUCUUCCUUUACUAGCAGAAAGCACUCUGCUGGUGCGCUAAAGCAAGAGCAUUUUGAGGAUGGCGUGAAGACAUCUGAAGGAUCAGUAGCUCAUAAUUCAACUGGAGCUUUGCCAUCUGAUGUGAAGUCAUCAGAUUUGAAAAUUGGCAUGACUAAACGUGUCGGAGAGACUGGUGAAUCCGCUGAAUCUGUUGGGAACAACCUAGGAAACCUUACCAGAAUGACAAAUGAAACAACAAACAAGCCUACAAAGGAAGGAUUUUUCCAUGGCGGGCCAGGUAUUAAGCCAGGUAUUGCCCCAUAUUUAGAAUUUGGUGGGUGUGGUUCAUACCCAGAUCUUCCUUGGGUUUCCACCACAGGACAAGGACCAAAUAGCAAAACCAUAUCUGGUGUUACCUACAAAUACAAUCAAAAUGAAAUAAAGGUUGUCUGUGCUUGCCAUGGGAUCCAUAUGUCCCAAGAGGAGUUCGUCCAGCACGCCAGUGGCGACGGCUCGAACUUGAAGUCGAACUCUCAAAAUAACCCAAAUUUGGCAACUUUUCCCAGUAGCAAUCCAAAAAACUGAGGCUUUACCUUAACAUUAAUGAUGUUUUUGCAAUCCAAGGGCUUGUCAUUCAGUUUCCUAUAGGCCAAUUUUUCCCAGCAGCCACUUCAUGGGAAUGCUGAAGUAAGAUGAAAUAUUUGUAUGAAGGUUAACUUAUUACAAAUACGCUUUAGUUGUUCACAUGGGGGAUUGAUUGGCAUGGUAGCCUUUUGAUGUAGGAGAAGCUAUGGCCUUCUUUGUAUUUUGCUGUUGUUUAUCCUAACUUAUAUGUACUGUUGCUCAGCUUUUCGUCA